GAACUAGCCACUCCUCAGAAAAGGAACACUAAAAUUCUUUCUUUCUCCUUCGACCUCCCACUCUCUUCAGACUAUCUCAUGACCCCCUGUCUUUCAAACUUCGUCAACUAUUGAUACACCCCCAUCCAAGACGACUAUCUCAAAUCAUCUCAAACCACGCCUCGCGUCUCAGAAUUGACUGCGCUUUUGCCAUGGAUCAAUACGGAAAUGCUCUUCUAAGGUACCUUGGUACGAUGGCACGAGAUGCCAGAUUUUCCUCUGAACAAAGAGAGCAAGCCACAUAUAUGGCGAUCUCAUUCCUCACCCAUAAGAAUACUUGCCGGCUCAUGGCCCAGAUUUCUGCUCUUACCAGCGAUGAAAUGACAAUCUAUCCCUCUCACCGAGUUGGAGCAGAUGAUUCAGAAUCUCCCGUUCGUCGCCAUGGGAAAUACCUACAAGCUAUCAUGACUGAUUUUCGAAUCAUUCCAACCAUCGCUGAUUUCGAAGGGCACCCUAUUGAACUCAUCAGCAUUCUGGAUCCAGCCAUUGAAAAUUCGUUGAAAGGCGAAAAGAAGUUCCGGUUUCACCAGGAGCUUCUGUCUAUGGAAAAGAAGGCGAACGAUGAUCUUGCUCGAUGCACAAAGCAAUAUGGCUACCACUACAUUUUCAGGGCUGGUCUCCAGCAAUACUACAUGACGAAAGCUGUCGUCGAAAGAAUCAAUUUUUGGAGACCGGAUCAUCGUGGCGAUGAAUAUCGUGUUCAUGCUCAGAAGCUGUGCUAUGAAGCAAUGGAAAUGCGAGUCAUCCUAAACACUGCAGAGAAAAGAAUAUUGGUACAAGCCACGGCUUGUCUUCCAGAUGACGCGUUGAAGUUCUGGAAAUGGUUGGAAAAUAAUCGGGUAGCUUACCACGCAAUGAAGGUUUGCAUUGCGAUGUUGAACAAUCUCAAUUAGCCCUCACAGCCCCCGAGCUUGCUGUUUUUUGCUUCUCACUAAGGAUUGUCUUUCACGUCCCACUCCUGUCUCAAAUCUAUCAAAAAAGUAACGCCCUACCGAAGAGCAUCAUUCGAUAAAUCCGACAACGCGCCAGCUUCGCCCACAUUUACCUACCAAUUCUUUUCUCCGGCUUGUCCGGUUUCAUUCUCAGAUAAG